AUGAGAAUUAUUGAAAACCUGAUUGCAAAAGAUAAUUCACCUGGCAUACCUGAGGCAAUUGACAGAAUUUUCUUGGACAUAGAAAAUAUCAACAGGGAGUCUAUGGCUGAAAUACAGGAUGCUCAGGUUGAAGAAAUGGCGAUAAACCUGUGGAACUGGGCAGUUACCAAGAGAGUAGGUUUGAUUAUAAGUGAAGAGCAGAAAGCUAAAUUACGACAUGUUGCUUGCAAGCUGGUGUGUAUGUGUGAAAGCUCAGCUCCUUCUGAAGAAGCUAUUCGAAGACAGAUUUUGAUGACUAUGAAGACUGGAAAAGGAUGGGUAGAUGUUGGAAAUGCUGUACUUGCUGAUGGAUUUUUUCAUUCUGCCAUGGCUAGUCUGGAGCAAUUAUAUGGCAGAUUAAUGGAUCGGAGCUCCACUGAGGCCCACUUGACCAUGCAGAAGAUUGCUGUGGAGCGAGAUCUCUUUAAAGUGCUCUCUUAUCAGGCUGAAGCAGCAGUUGCUCAAGAGGAUUUUCAAAGAGCAUCUACAUGUAUACUGCGCUGUAAAGAUAUGUUGAUGAGGCUACCUAAAAUGACAGGAUAUCUUCAUAUUCUCUGUUACAACUUUGGAGUGGAAACCCACAAGCAGAAUAAAUACCAAGAAAGUUCUUUCUGGCUUAGCCAAAGCUAUGAUAUUGGGAAGAUGGAUAAGAACUCUGUUGGGCCAGAAAUGCUGGCUAAGGUUCUACAGUUACUUGCUACCACUUUUCUGGACUGGGAUGACAGAGAAUGUUAUGAGAAGGCUCUCAGUGCUAUACACCUGGCAAACAAGGAACAUUUAAAUCCAGCUGGGCUUUUCUUAAAGAUGAAAAUCCUGUUGAAAGGCGAAAAAGCUAAUGAAGAACUUCUUGAAGCUGCCAUGGAAAUGCUACAUCUUGACAUGUCUUUAGACUUCUGUCUGAACAUUACUAAACUGCUGAUGGAUCAUGAAAGAGAAUCUGUUGGGUUUUACUUCCUGAAGAGUAUCUGUGAACAUUUUAAGUCAUCAGAAAAUAUUGGGAAAGCUCUACUGCUCCACAUUGACAUGCUCUUAGAACGGAAAGAAGAACUUCUUGCCAAGGGGAUGAUUGAGGAGAUCAUUAUAGGUCACCAAAGUGGAAGACGAUUGAAAACAGAGUUAAUAGGCUGGUUACACAAUAUUCUGUGGAAAAAAGCUGCCAGAAGUUUUGAGGUACAAAAUUACUCUGAUGCCCUACACUGGUACUGUUAUUCUCUGAGGUUUUAUACAUUUGAUCGAACGGAUCUGGACUUGGCCAAGCUGCAGAGGAACAUGGCUUCCUGUUACUUGCAUUUGAAACAACUUGAUAAGGCCAAAGAGGCAGUAACAGAAGCUGAGCAACAUGAUCAUACCAAUAUUUUCACACAAUUUUAUUUAUUCAAGAUUGCAGUCUUAGAGGGCGACACUGAUGGAGCUUUGCAGGCACUCGCUACUCUAGAGAAUUUAUUGACAGCUGAAGAGAGAGAAGAUAGUAACCUACUUAUAGAAAGAAAUUCACCUACCAUGCUUUUCAGUUUGGCUGCUCAGUUUGCUCUAGAGAAUGGACAACAAACUGUGGCAGGAAAAGCUUUGGAAUAUUUAUCUCAACAUUCAGAAGACCCACAACAAGUCCUUACAGCUUUAAAGUGUUUCUUUCGUCUUGUUCUACCCAAAUUUUCUCAAAUGCCGGAAUCUGAAAAGAAGAAGAAAGAAAUGGAUAGACUUUUGUUUUGCUUGAACACAGCAGUCCUGAAAUUUGCUCAGCCUUUUGAUGGAGAAAACUCGACUUCAGAGUCAAAAGUUAAUGAAGCUCAUUGGUUUCGAAAAAUAGCUUGGAACUUGGCUGUGCAGUCUGACAAGAACCCAGUGGCAAUGAGAGAGUUUUUCAUGCUUUCUUAUAAGCUGUCUGAGUUUUGUCCUUCUGAUCAAGUAAUUCUGAUUGCACAGAAAACGUGUUUACUUAUGGCAGCUGCAGUUGAUCUGGAGCAAGGAAGAAAGGCUUCAACAACUUUGGAACAGACUAAGUUGCUGAAUCGUGCUCUUGAGCAGAUCCAUAAAUGCAAGGAGAUCUGGACUCUCUUGAAAGAAACAGCAGACUUCUCAGAUGAUCCAUGUGAGACACUGCUUCUGCUGUAUGAGUUUGAAGUUAAAGCCAAAAUGAAUGAUCCAUCACUGGACAGCUUUCUGGAUUCAGCAUGGGAACUGCCUCAUUUAGAAAGCAAAACAUUUGAAAUAAUUGCAUCAUUAGCAAUGGAAAUGCCUGCACACUAUCCUUCCAUUGCUCUAAAGGCCUUGAAAAAGGCUUUAGAACUCCACAAAAAGAAAGACCCAAUCGAUGUUUUGAAAUACAGCAAAUGUAUGCACAACUUGAUUAACCUAUUAGUGCCAGAUGAGGCAUCAGAUCCUGAGCUCUGUCCCUUGGAAGAAGUUUGGGGCUAUUUUGAAGACACUCUGAACCUUGUUAGCCACUCAGAAAACUACCCACAAAUGGAGGUUCUCUGGCUGAUGAUCAAGGCCUGGAAUGCUGGAAUAUUUAUGUAUGGCGGGGGCAAGUAUGUAUCUGCCAAAAAAUGGUGUGGCCUGGCAAUGCGUUUCCUUGACCACCUUGGUUCCCUCAAGAGCAACUAUGAGACUCAGAUGAACACCCUGUAUAGUGAGCUCAUAGAAGAAUUAGAUAAAAAGAAGGGCUCCAUUUUCCAUGAAGAGUGA